GGGGGCGCACAUCCGCUGAGAAAGUCAGGCUAGGAAACUGACACGUAAUGUUAAUAAGUACGAUACGAAAAGACAGGUACAGGCGGGGUGCAGAGGAUGGCCAAUGAUUGGUUGCGUGUUUGCUGGUUAGUACUUUUGCCUUUGCUACAAGCUGCAGCAAAACGUGAUCAAGCUCUUUAUUGUGGAGCAUGCAAGGCACUCAUUGAUGAGCUGGAGUAUGCCAUUACAGAGGUGGAAUCCCAUAAAAUGAUUGAUGUAGGAAGUUUCCGCAUAAAUCCUGAUGGAACACAGACUCAGGAAAAGGUACCAUAUGCAGGCUCUGAAGUGCACUUAAUCGAGUUGUUUGAGGAAAUCUGUGAGAAAAUGAAAGAUUAUGCUUUGAGCACUGACCCAGUAACACAAAAACGAACUUACGUAAGAUUCAAUCAAAGAAAAGGAGAGGAUGGAUUAGAACUCAAGAAUAUCAGUAUUGAUGGGGAAACAUCUAAACAAUUAAAAUAUGCGUGUCAAAAUGUAAUUGAGGAUCACGAAGAGGAAAUAUUGGAAGUUUUUCGAGACAAGAAACCCAAUAAGUCACAUCAUGUAUGCAGUGUUAUGUCAGAGCUUUGUUCAGAUAAUGGAGAACAUGAUGAGCUAUGACUCAUGAGGCAGAUGCAUUGCUUUAGAAUAGAUUUUUUAAUCAAAAAAGGUCGAUAUACUCCAUACAUAAGUUAUGCAAACACUGGUCUCCCUCUAAUUGCAGUCUAAUGAAAGACCACCUCCAAUUAAAGACCACUUUUCCGCACCCCUAAAUGAAUGCCUAUCUUAUAUAUUUUUAUAACAUUUUUUUUCUAAUUAAAAUCCAAAGCUGCUAAAGACCAUGACAAUCUCCGGUCCCUAAAGGAGACCUGUAUAGAAUAGGUUUAUUCAACUGGUUCAUUUUGUUGACUACGAUUUUUCGGUGAGUACUAUUUUCAUCCGACUGGUUCGUAAAACAGACUCCGUUGACAAUAAAAUUAACGUAAACCAGAAUGCAUUAAGGGUUAAGUUAUCCACGUGACCAAAACAAACAUGGCCGAUUGGUCAGUAUAGAAACAAUGUUAGCGUUAAUAUAAGUCAGAUUACAUUUCUGAAAGUAAAAAUUUUGAUAUUUACCAACAUGAAGUCAAAAAUGGUGGCUUAGUUAGGGGGGUCAAGGGGGCACAUGCCCCGGGCGCCAGGUUUGAGGGGGCGCUGAAAUGGGAGAAUGAGAGUAAAAAAGUAAGCACUUUUUAGAAAAAGAUGACGAAAUUUAUUUAUUUAAAUUUGUCAGGCAUGAAUGUUUUCCAGUUAAUAAUAAGAAUCUGAAUGUAGUUGUU